AUGAGACAUGCCAACCGUGCCAUCACCGGGCCAGGGCAAGUCCAAGGCACCCCCUCGGGUAAAGCCCACACCACAGAUGCCAAGACCGCCGCGCUGACAGGUAAAUGUGUCAUCUCCGUCUUCAUGUUUAAUUCAAAUGAGAGGUUAAAACAUGAGAGGACUUAUUCCAACAGUAUAUCAAGGAAAAUUAUGUGGCACAAGUUCAAGGAAGCCAUCGUGACACAGGUUUGGGGCAAUAAGGAAGUGCUGAGGCCCUCGGAGAGUGUGGAGAGCGCCAUAAACAGUCUCCAGUCGAUCCAUUCCGUCUCGUCCCGGUGUUGA